CUAGAAUUUAAUUAUUUUUAGCGGCUUGCGACCGUGCGUAGCGUAGCGUAGAUUGUUACUUGUGUUUGUUCGUUCGUAGGCCGUGUAGGCGUGGAGAGGCGGUGCAUUGCUAUAGCGUGGUUUUAGAAAUAAGUAAUUGAAUUGUAAAUACAACAACAAUAAUGGGAGUGACUGUGGACACGAUCACCCCUGGCGACGAGGCCACAUACCCAAAGAAGGGCCAGACUGUAGUGGUCCACUACACUGGCACACUGACCAAUGGACAGAAGUUUGACUCGUCCCGUGACCGCGGCAAGCCCUUCAAGUUCAAGAUCGGCAAGGGAGAGGUCAUCAAGGGUUGGGAUGAGGGUGUUGCCAAGAUGUCAGUAGGCGAGCGUGCCAAGCUGACCUGCACGCCUGACUACGCGUACGGCCAGCAGGGCCACCCCGGCGUCAUCCCACCCAACUCCACCCUCAUCUUCGAUGUCGAGCUUCUCAAACUUGAAUAAACCACCUUAAGAGAUGACACACUCAAGACAACUCCUAGCCUCUCUUACGCUAUAUCACCUGUACUUGUGGGCAACAGUGAAUUACCCAGGGACAGUGGAUCAGUUGCAAACCGUCAGGUUUUCUAGUUCCCUGUACUCUGGUUUUCCCAUUCUCUAUAUUCUUAUGUGCAAUUUAAUCUAUUAUGGGCAACAGUGAAUCAACCAGGGACAGUAGAUCAGUUGCAAACCAUCAGGUUUUUAAUAUAUUCCCUGUUCCCUGUGUGCAAUUUAAACUGCUAUGGACAACAGUGAAUCAUGUAAGGUACAGUUGAUCAUGAAUUAUAAUUUAUAACACAGUCAUUUGUCCACAUGGGUUUACUUUACUAUUCCUAGAAUCUACCUGUAGUUUUUGGAAAGGAGAGUCUUGGGUACUUUCACCUAGCACUCGGGUUAUUUUCAGCCAAACACUAGUAUAAGUCCAGUCAAUUAGGCUAAGAAACCUAGCAUCAAGCCCCAUUCAAAAAUUCAGUCACAAUUUCACUUGAAUACAUUCCAGAAGCAUUUUGAACAGUAGAUGAUGAUGCCUUUGUAUUCUUUUGUAUAAGAUCCUUUUUGAUGCACAAAAUGGGAAUGUUUUCUGGUGAUGGUUGGGUUGUGCACGCAUGUGCCGUUUAUGUAUACAUUAUUUCAGUAAAGCUCUAAAAUGAUCUAAGAAUAAAUUUAUUGCGAAAA